GGGACGGCAGCUCCGAGCGGGUCCGCUGCGCCCGGGGACGAGCCCGGAGCUGCCGCCUCCAGCCCGAGACCGCGAAAGAAACGGAGGAAGUGCAGCAUCCCAUCCAUUAACCUGAGCAGCUGCAAGUACGAGAGCGUGCGUCGUGCUGCGCUGUGCUGCGGGCUGAGAGAAGCGGGAGAAAACGAGGAGUGGACGGUGUACUGGACUGACUGCUCUGUCUCUCUGGAACGUGUGAUGGAAAUGAAGCGGUUUCAGAAAAUCAACCAUUUUCCUGGCAUGAUUGAGAUCUGCCGGAAGGAUUUGUUGGCUCGCAACCUCAACCGCAUGCUCAAACUCUUCCCCAAGGAGUACAAUAUUUUUCCCCGCACGUGGAGCCUGCCAGCUGACUAUGGGGACUUCCAGGCCUACAGGCGCAGGAGGAAGAACAGAACGUUCAUCUGCAAGCCCGACAGCGGCUGCCAAGGCCGAGGCAUCUUCAUCACACGCGACCCAGGGGAGAUCAGGCACGGAGAGCACAUGAUCUGUCAGCAGUAUAUCUCUAAGCCUUUCCUUAUUGAUGGCUUUAAGUUUGACAUGCGUAUCUAUGUGCUGGUCACAUCUUGUGACCCACUGAGGAUUUUUGUCUACAAGGAGGGUCUGGCCCGGUUUGCCACCAUGAGGUACAUCGAUCCCAGAAGGAGAAACCUGGGUGACAUCUGCAUGCAUUUGACCAAUUAUGCUAUCAACAAACGUAAUGCAAACUUUGUCCAGGAUGACACAAUGGGCAGUAAGAGGAAACUCUCCACCCUGAAUGCCUGGAUGAUGGAUAACAGCUACAACACAACAAAACUCUGGGAAGAUAUUGAAGAUAUAAUUAUAAAGACUCUUAUUUCAGCUCACCCUGUGGUGAAGCACAAUUACCAAAGCUGCUUUCCUAACCACACUACCAGCUGUGCCUGUUUUGAGAUACUGGGUUUUGAUAUUUUGCUAGACAGAAAUCUGAAACCUUGGCUACUAGAGGUGAACCACUCUCCCAGCUUCACCACAGACUCUCACCUGGACCAUGAGGUGAAGGAUGCUCUUCUCUUUGACACCAUCAACUUGAUAAAUGUGCACGCCUGUAGCAAAAGGAAAGCGAUGGAGGAAGACAAACAGCAGGCAAAGGAACGACUCCUGCAGGCUCAUCGGUCUCCUCGUGUGUCCAGACAUGAAGAGGCAGAGAGCAGCCAGGCAGCCUGGCUCUCUGAGGCAGAGGACUAUGAGAACUCCCACCUGGGCAGCUACCGGCGCAUUUACCCAGCGUGUGGCACUGACAAGUAUGGGCCGUUUUUCAAGCAGAGCAGCUCCCUCUUCAAGGAGACUGCAUCGUCCAGAGCACGAGAGGAGUGUACCAGGCAACAACUGGAAGAAAUUCGCAUGAAGAAAGAAAAGUUAGAAGCUGUUAACAGCAAGAAGAAAAAAGAGAGGAAGGAAGGGCUGCAGGGAGAGUCGCCCGCAGACAAAUCCAUGAUCCACAACAAAACCUCAGCUUCUGCAACCCACUUCACCUACAGAAGCACAAAGAUGUGGGAUAAAAAGACAGAGCACGUGCAGUAUGACUCCAUGCAGCCUCAGGAUAUUCUGGAAAAUGAAGAGAAGAAAAGAGUGAAUGCUCUUGCAAGGCGUAAGAACCUUAUCCAAGGCCUGGGCAUCGUGGAUCAGCUCUCCCAGCUGCUUCCCACGACUGAGAGAUCAUCUGACAGCCACAGGCCCUGCGCUGUUACCUCUGAGAUGCAGACGCAGUUUCUUUGGGACGCACCGCAGGCACAGCAGCCUGCCCCCUUGAUGACCAUCAUCCCCCUCUCGUUCCCAAGAGGCACCGUGUGGCCUUCAGGACGGCCGUGUGCUCGUAAGCACAGCACCAGGGUACAGCUGCUGGCUGGCCAGCACCCUGCCCCAGGCACGCUGUUGGUUCGAGGGCAGAGCAUCCCUUUCCGAGAGCAGCACACGGUGCAGUGCAGCGCCCAGCCCCAGGACAGGGGCAACUUGUGGAGCCGGGCUGCAGAGCCAGCAGCAGCUACCCAGCCCUGCACUAAAACCAGGGGAAGGCCGAUGAGCGCCUGGCAGCUCUCUGCAGCCAGAAAAAAGGCGGAAGGAUGUGACGUCGGGCGGCCGCUUUGCGCAGGCAGCGCUCACCGCUGUUCGUUGGGAUGCCCGGCCCGUGCAGGCAAGGCCACGGGUGAUGGCGGCUUCAGCGGUGCGGCAGCACGGCGGCUCCUCGUAGCCUCUGCCGCUCUCGUGCUGCACACGCGCUGCGCCAGCGCCGUGAAUUUCCACGAUGUGAGCAGCACAGAGCACGGAGGCGGCGGGCAGCGGCGCGGCUGCGGCGGGAGCUGGGCGCGGAGCGCGGCGCCCCCGAGCGGACGCUGACCUGGGAGGCGAUGGAGCAGAUGCGGUUCCUGCGGCAGGAACUGCCCGAAGAGUGGCCGCUGGAGCGCCUGGCCGAAGGCUUCGGCGUCAGCCCCGACGUGGUGCGCCGGGUGCUGCGGAGCCGGAGCCGCCUCCCGCAGCACCGCCGCCUGCGCCA